UAUGGUUAUGAAGGAUUUACAUACUUAGUAUUGAGACAAGUCAAUAGCGUAUUGGUAAGGCAAUUAUGGGACUUAUCAUGCGCUUUACUUUUCUAUAGUUCCUAACUAUGACGCUAAUGUUAUUAUAAAUACACGAAUUCAAAGCAAUAAAUUAAACCAAAAUCAAUCCAUAAGCGUGUAAAAGACCAAAUAUUAGGUUUAAUAUGAGUUCUUUGAUUUUUAUUUUUCUUGUGGUCCUCGUUCUUCAUGUUGUUCUUGCUAGAGAAAUUAGGAGAAAUGAAGAAAUUAUAUCAUUUGAUCAAAAUUACAAGGUUACAUGGGGUGACAAUCAUGUUAUGUCCAUAAACCAGGGGAAAGAAAUUCAGCUCACAAUGGAUUAUUCUUCAGGGUCAGGAUUUGCUUCCAAGAUAACUUACGGCUCUGGAUUAUUCCAUAUGAGGAUCAAAGUACCAGGUAGAGAUUCUGCAGGGGUUGUCACAGCUUAUUAUUUGAAUUCACAAGGGAAUAGUCAUGAUGAGUUAGACUUUGAAUUUCUGGGAAAUAGAGAAGGGAAGCCAUAUACAUUACAGACCAAUGUAUAUGCAAAUGGUGAAGGGAAUAGAGAACAAAGAAUUAACCUUUGGUUUGACCCUACAACUGAUUUUCACGACUACAAAAUUCUUUGGAACCCACAUCAAAUUGUAUUUUAUGUGGACAAUAUUCCAAUUAGGGUAUACAAGAACAAUAGCAACAUUGGAGUAGGCUACCCAACAAAGUCUAUGCAAAUUAUAGCAAGUUUGUGGAAUGGUGAUUGGGCAACAGAUGGAGGCCAAACAAAAAUCAAUUGGACAUAUGCACCUUUCAAAGCAAACUUUCAAGGAUUUGAUGUUAGUGGAUGUCAAAGUCAAAGCUUAAAUAUUGAUCAAAAUUGUGUUUCUAAUAGCUAUUGGUGGAAUGACAAACAGUAUUGGCAAUUGGAUCUUAUAGCACAAAAACAAUAUGAAAAUGUAAAGCAAAAAUAUAUGAAUUAUGAUUAUUGUAAAGAUAGGCAAAGGUAUCCUAUAGCUCCCUUAGAAUGCCUACAUUGAAAUAAUUUGAUUACAUCUUUGUAACAAUAAACUAGAUAAGGCUAUUGCCAUGAAUUUAAAUUAUAUAUGCCACAUGUUAGAAAGGUUCUAGAUAUAUAGAGUGAGGAUUGUUUACAUAAAUCUUAUAUGAU